AUGGCUCUUUUCCAGGGCAACAGUCGAUCUUUGCCAAAACGUUUGGCAUUGGUCACAAUGUCUGAUAGACCAGCAGCAGAACGAGCUUGUAAAGACCCCAAUCCAAUCAUAGAUGGUAGAAAGGCCAAUGUUAAUUUAGCAUAUUUAGGUGCUAAACCAAGGGGGAAUCUCCAAACAGCUGCCUUCCCAUUUGCUUUGAAAUCUGGAUUGCCUAUUUUACCUAGCCAAUAUGGAAUUCAGGUCUUUAAAGAUGAGGUCCCUAAUGGUAAAACUCAGGGUUUUAAAGAUAAGGUCCUUAUUGGUAAAACUCAGGGUUUUAAAGAUAAGGUCCCUAAUGGUAAAAGUAAGGUCUUUAAAGAUAAGGUCCUUAUUGGUAAAACUCAGGGUUUUAAAGAUAAGGUCCCUAAUGGUAAAAGUAAGGUCUUUAAAGAUGAGGUUCCUAAUAGUAAAACUCAGGGUUUUAAAGAUGGGGUUCCCCAAUCGAUAAACUCUGUGGAGCACUUCUUGUGGUUUCUCCGAGAUAAAGGAAGGCUAUGUGGUUGA